AUGGCUGCCAACGGUGCGCAGGACAGCUUCUCGCCGUCCGAUGUCUUGGCUGCCGUUAUGACGAUGCGGAGCGGGGAGCAGGACGCGAAGAAAAAGGCACAUGUCUACCUAGAGAGCUUUCAAAAAUCUAAAACAUCUUGGGGUACUAUUAUUGGCAUUUUGCAGUCCAAAGCCGAACCAGAAGCUACCCUGUUUGCCGCCAUCACGCUUCGUGGAAAGAUUACCUAUGAUCUCUCCACUCAAGUCCCCACGAACGAACUUCCAGCCUUGCGAACCCAGAUACUUAUGCUUCUCAAGGAGUUUGCGGUUGGACCCAAGCCCAUUCGCGUGCAGCUCUGCGUCUGCCUCGCCAUUCUGGCCAUCCAAAUGAAGGACUGGAACGAUGUCUUGCCAUCUGUGGUUCAGUCCCUUAGCGACAGUCCCGAGAGCCACGCCUGCAUCCUCGACUUCCUGCGUGUGCUCCCCGAAGAAGUUACCGAGGGCAGAAAGAUUACCUUGUCUGAAGAUGAUCUUGCGGACCGUUCAAAGGUGCUGCUGGCGGACAAUACGGACAGAGUUGUGCAACUGCUGAUCAACUACUCACAAUCGUCACCGGCUGCUGCUCGUAACCCGCAGCUAAUGGAAUGCAUAACAUCUUGGCUAAGAGAGGUGCCAGUGGGUAGUAUCAUCAACUCUCCGUUGCUGGACGUCGUGUUCAAUGGGGUUACUGCAGAUGAAUGCAGCCAGGAAGCCUCCGAGUGUCUUUGUGUCAUGAUACGAGAGACUCGCGACGUCGACGAAAGCCAAGCAAACAUCCAGGUGCUCUUCCCUCGCGUCGUCGGUCUUCAGCCUCGCAUCGCAACGGUAGCGGAGGAGGAGGACACAGAAGCCUUGAAGGCACUGACAAAGGUUCUGGCCACCGCUGCGGAGAGCUGGGCCGUUGCCAUUGCCCGUCAGCCCUCCCAUUUUAGGCCGCUGGUUGAGGCCGUGCUUGAGUGUGCUGCCCGAGAUAAGGAUCAGGACGUCAUCGAACACACAUUCCUCUUCUGGUACGAGCUGAAGCAGUAUCUCGUACUGGAGCGUUACAUUCAGAGCAGACUGGAGCUGGUUGAUGUCUAUUCUAAGCUUGUCGACAUUCUGCUGAAGCACCUCCGAUACCCUCGGCCGGAUUCUGGGAACGAAGCCGAUCUCUUCGACGGUGACCGCGAACAGGAGGAAAAGUUUAGAGAGUUCCGCCACCAGAUGGGAGACACUCUCAAAGACUCCUGUGAAGUCAUGGGUGUUACGGAAUGCUUGACCAAAGUGCUCAACGCUAUCCAAGUUUGGAUGCAGAACAACGCGAGUCAAGUCAGCGACACCAAUGUGCCAAACUGGCAAGAACUCGAGGCGCCUCUGUUUGCAAUGCGAGCCCUCGGCCGCAUAGUAGAUCGGGACGAGGAAAUUGUUCUUCCACAGCUCAUGCCGCUACUGGUCCAAAUUCCAAACCACGAGAAACUCAAAUUCGCCACCAUCAUGGUACUUGGCCGCUAUACCGAGUGGACAGCUGUGCACCCAGAAUACCUGGAACCCCAAUUCAACUACAUUGUCAACUCAUUCCAAGCCGACUCCAAGGAGAUUGUUCGAGCUGCUGCGUUGGCCAUCAAGUUCUUCUGCACCGAUUGCAGAAACCUGCUUAGCGGGCAGGUUCUGCAGCUCCAGACAUUCUAUGACCAAGUUCUGGACAAGUUGCCCACUCAGAGCAGAGAGGAGGUGACGGAUGGUGUUUCUAGCGUGGUGGCUGUGCAGCCUGCUGACCAGACAUACGCCCUGCUCAAGACGUACUGCGAUCCUCUCAUCCAGCGCUUGAUGACCAUGGCAAACCAGGCAACGGAUAAAGAGAGCAAGAUUGCCAUGGCCGAACACCUGCAGCUCAUUACGAUCUUUGUUCAAAAUGUCACUCCUGCGGUCAGCCUCGGCGAUGCUAAUCCAGCUGUCAAGUACUGGCAAGAAGUCUUUCCAAUUCUGUCGACAAUUCUCGAAAACUUCUUGGACUUUAGCCCCAUUUGUGAGAGAAUCUGUCGCUGCUGGAGAAACAUGAUUGUGUCAUACCGCACAGCAAUGGCACCUCUGUUACCGGAAAUGGCCAACAAGCUGGCUAGCGGCUUCGCGGCCUCUCACGAGGGAUGCUUCUUGUGGGUGACUGGCACUAUCCUGCGCGAAUUUUCCGAAGAUCGUGACAACGUGGACCAAGCAACGACCGAGCAUAUUUACAGCUUCUUCGAGGCACAAGCCACCGCGUUCCUGCGUGUGAUGACGGAACUCCAACCUGCAGACCUACCAGACGCCAUUGACGACUUCUUCCGACUCAUGAUUGAUGCUCUACUUUAUUACCCGCAGAAGCUCAUUCCUUCCACGUUACAGGUCCCGAUUUUCGAAGCAGCCAUCUAUGCUUUGACGCUCGAGCAGCGAGACCCGCUCGUUUCGACGCUGCAUUAUGUUCGUGAUCUGUUGUCGUACGGCAGCAACAACCCCGCUAGCAGCGAGGGUCUUCCCGAGCCUGCGGCACAACAAAUCAAGGCCAUCAUUCUCAACAUGCUACAAAGCCACGGGAUGGGGCUUGUUAAGCAAGUUAUGGCCGGCAUGAUGCUUACUUUCCCACGAGACUGCUUCGCUGACGGCAGUGGGGUCCUUUUGGCCCUGUUCGAAAUGAUUCCUGGACAAACUGCUGAGUGGGUUGCACAGACAAUUCAGCUGCUGCCCGAGGGUACUGUGAACCCUGCCGAGGCCAACAGACUGAUGACCAAGAUCAAGGAGAGGCUUUCGACGGAUGAUGCCAGCAACCUCCGACAUGUGCGCGUCUUGCUACAAGACUUUACAAACUCGUACAGACGACGCAACGUGGCACCCAGAGAUGGACUGGGACAGUUGGAAGCUAGACGAUUCCAGUUCUCCGGCUGA